AGUGUAAGUGAGAGGAGAGACGCAGCUGAACGCGUGCAGUAGACGCGUCGCGCAGCGGAGGAGACACACACACCUGAGGAAUAGCGGCGCGAUGGCUGAUCAUCUGAUACAGAUCAAUGACUCUUCCGCCGUUUUCAAUCGAUUCGCGCGGAAAGGAGCUCUGCGGCAGAAGAACGUGCACGAAGUUAAAAACCACAAAUUUACCGCUCGGUUCUUCAAGCAGCCUACAUUCUGCAGCCACUGCACCGACUUUAUCUGGGGAUUUGGAAAACAAGGUUUCCAGUGCCAAGUGUGCUGUUUUGUGGUCCACAAAAGGUGCCAUGAGUUUGUUACUUUCUCCUGUCCAGGAGCAGACAAGGGCCCUGACACAGAUGAUCCCAGAAGCAAGCACAAGUUCAAGAUCCACAGCUACGGCAGUCCCACUUUCUGUGACCACUGCGGAUCACUGCUGUACGGCCUCAUCCACCAGGGGAUGAAAUGUGACACCUGUGACAUGAACGUUCAUAAACAGUGUGUGAUGAACGUGCCAAGUCUGUGCGGGACCGACCACACCGAACGCAGAGGAAGAAUCUUCCUCAAGAUCGAGGUCAGCGGAGACAGACUCCAUGUCACAGUGGGUGAGGCCAGAAAUCUGAUUCCCAUGGACCCCAAUGGGCUGUCAGACCCAUAUGUGAAGCUCAAACUCAUCCCAGACCCCAAGAAUGAGACCAAGCAGAAGACCCGGACCAUCCGCUCCUCACUCAACCCCACCUGGAACGAGUCCUUCAUCUUUAAGUUAAAGCCCUCGGAUAAGGAACGACGUCUGUCUGUGGAGGUGUGGGAUUGGGACAGAACCACCCGUAAUGACUUCAUGGGCUCCAUGUCCUUUGGUGUGUCUGAGCUGAUCAAAGCUCCUGUAUGUGGCUGGUAUAAGAUGUUAAACCAGGAGGAGGGUGAGUACUACAACGUGCCCAUCCCAGAGGAGAAUGACAUUAACCUGGAGCUGCGGCAGAAGUUUGAGGCCUGUCAGUUCAAUAUCCGCCUGCUGAAGAAAGCCAAGUUCGGUCCUGGGAAGAAAGUCAUCACUCCUACUGAUCACCGACGCUUCAGUUUGCCAUCCGGAAACAUGAACAGAGUUCAGCUCAGUGACUUCCAUUUUCUGGCUCUUCUUGGCAAAGGCAGUUUUGGGAAGGUGAUGUUGGCAGAAAUGAAGUCCACUGAGGAGCUGUAUGCCAUUAAAAUCCUGAAGAAGGACGUGGUGAUCCAGGAUGAUGAUGUGGAGUGCACAAUGGUGGAGAAGAGAGUGCUGGCCCAGAGAGAUAAGCCACCUUUCCUUACCCAGCUGCACUCCUGCUUCCAGACUGUGGAUCGUCUGUACUUUGUAAUGGAGUACAUUAACGGUGGAGACCUGAUGUAUCACAUCCAGCAAGUGGGCAAGUUUAAGGAGCCACAAGUCGUAUUCUAUGCAGCAGAGAUUGCUGUCGGACUCUUCUUUCUUCAUAGGAAGGGAAUUAUUUACAGAGAUCUGAAGUUGGAUAACGUGAUGCUGGACUCCGAGGGCCACAUCAAGAUAGCAGACUUCGGCAUGUGUAAGGAAAACAUGUUUGAGGGCAUGGCAACACGCACCUUCUGUGGAACACCAGAUUACAUUGCCCCGGAGAUAAUCGCCUAUCAGCCGUAUGGUAAAUCGGUGGACUGGUGGGCGUACGGUGUGCUCCUCUACGAGAUGCUAGCUGGGCAGCCUCCAUUUGAUGGCGAGGAUGAGGAUGAGCUGUUUCAGUCAAUAAUGGAGCACAACGUGUCCUACCCUAAAUCCAUGUCUAAAGAAGCAGUGUCCAUCUGUAAAGGGCUGAUGACGAAGCAUCCAUCCAAGCGUCUAGGUUGCAGUCCAGAGGGUGAGCGAGAUAUAAAGGAGCAAACUUUCUUCCGCAGAAUCGACUGGGAGCGCUUGGCCAACAGAGAGAUCCAGCCUCCUUUCAAACCCAAAGUGUGCGGCAAAGCAGCGGAGAACUUCGACAAAUUCUUCACCCGCACGCAGCCCAUGCUGACCCCUCCAGACCAACUGGUCAUGGCCAACAUCGACCAGAGCGAAUUUGCUGGCUUCUCUUACAUAAACCCAGAGUUCAUCCACCCAUCGUCGCUUCACAGUGUGGUAUGAGACGGCCCGAUGAAGAAGAGGACCGCCCCUCCUGCUCAAACUAACAACCACAUCCAUGUUAUUUAUGAACUCACCAAAUCUUUGUGAACAGUUUAAUACCCUUUAUCUGAACAUAUCUGAACUGAGGAGGGCUGGUUGAAUGAAAUAAUAUUUUAAAGCAUGCGUCCACAUUCAGACUUCUAAUGGAGCUGGUGUAAGAUCUCUUCCAUUGACUGGUGAUGAUUUUAAGGCACCAACGACUCAUUCCUGAGAAAAAUAUUAUUUUAUGAGGCUCUAUCUCAGUUAGGAUGCUGCUUGUGUUGGCAGUGGACAGAAAGGCAGCUCUCAGAGUGAAAAUGACCUCUUAAUAACGAGAGUUCAUCGAUUGCCUGUAUGCAGAUUGAUGUUAUGUGCAGGUUCAGUAUAUUUUACAAAACACAGAUAUUUUUAAGGUGGAGACAUUGAACGAUCUCUUAUUCCAGUCCUCAGAUUCUUUGUGUGUGAAGCAUGCUGACAUGAAACAGGUUUUUGUGUCCUGUUCCUUUUAACCUCUCCUGCCAUUUCUAAUGUUCCUGAAUUAUAUAUUUGUAAAUCAAAAAAAAAUAUAUCUUGUUAUAGGAGUGCCAAAAUAUAACUGUAUCAAAAGUUUUUUUUUUAUAUCCAGUUCUAUAUUAUGCAUAUUGGUUUCCUACUAGAUCUGUUGGUGGUGUCCCUUAACUUGGGCUGAAACUUGAACUCUUAUUGCUCCUCGAGUUUUAGCAUGACGACUUCCAAUCCCAUCACUGCCUGCUCGUCUGGUUCUGACAUAUUCAACAUAUACACAAGUUUUCCUCUCUAAAUGUAUGAAUUGUGAUUCCUCGUUGCUAAUAUGCAGGCCUUACACACCCGCAGAAUCCUGCACAUCACCUGUCCUAUACUCAUCCACUUGCAUGAUUGUUUUUAUUAAAUACUUUGGAUAAUCUAAUAACACUGUUUCAUUUAACAUAUUUUACCUUGUUUAAAUCCAUCCUGUAGAUUUUCUGUCAUGUUCAGCACAAAAAACGUCUGCAGAUUCUGCCUGGGACCGGUAAUAAGUAUCCAGUGCAACAUUUCAAACCAGACUGAGUCACUUCUGUUAGAGAUGGAUAUGGUCUUUAGUUUAAAACCUGCAUAUUAUGCUAAAGAAAUCUACCACUGCUACAGCAUAAAGAACAUUGUAAGGAGACAAAAAAAAAGAUGCUGUACUUGAAACUGUUGGCGGUGAGUCUCCGAAACCUGUCAAAAUCAUGUCUAGGUCAUGUUUCACGCCAGAAAAUCUUCACGUUAAAAAAUAAUCCUGUUUUAAAACCAUUAAGAUGUUUAUAUAUAUAUAUAUGUAUAUAUAUAUAUAUAUAUAUACAUAUAUAUAUAUAUAUAUAUAUAUAUAUAUAUAUAUAUAUAUAUAUAUAUAUAUAUACACACAAUUGCAUUGUGACAUUUUAAUUACUAUUAAGUAUGGAAGCCCUUUUCUGCCACUGAAUAAAUAAUAAAACAAGGUAAUUGCGACUUAUUAUCUCAAAAUAUUUUUUCUCUCAGAAAUGUGUGAUAUAAAGUCGCUAUUAACUUAUUUUUUAUUGUGAUUUAUAGUCAAAAUUGCGAGUUACAUAGUCAGAAUUCCGAUAUAUAAGCCUGAAAUUUGAGAAAUUAAGACCAUAUUCUGAGUGUUUUUCUCGCAAAAGCAAGUUUAUAAAGUCAAAAUUAUGAGUUAUAUAUUCCGAAUUGUGAGAUAUGAAUGCGCAAUUACGAGAAAUAAACUGAGAAUUGUGACUUUAUUUGCUUGUUUAUAUCUCGCAAUUAUGACUUUUUCAGAAUUGUGUGACUUUAUAUUACACAAUUCUGAGAAAAAAAGUCACAAUUGUGAGAUAAACAAAUUUAUUUAGUGGUGGAAACGGGCCUCCAUAGUUAAGCACCUUUACCCUAAAAGCUAAAAAAAUAAAAAUAAACCCUUGCUUUAAUGUGGAAAAAUUUGAAGUUUAAUGUACAUUAAGUAUUUAUAAAUCAUGGUAGUGUUUGUUGUAAAUGCUGAUUAUUACUGUAAUUAUUUGACUAAUGAGAAUCUAAUGAAAAUCACAGCAGGAAACAAAGAGAAUUACUAAAACAUUACUGUUUUAAAAACAUUAAUGCAAUUAAAAUGUGCAUAACUGACAUAAAAAUUAUGCCACAAUGCAAAAACUCCUAAUGGUCUUCAAAUACACUUUCUUUCCAUGUGUAUCAUUACAGUUUAUGACUCCUUUAGGCCCAACAUUAUAUAUAUAUAUAUAAUAUAUAUAACAUUAAAAUAUAUAUAUAUAUAUUAUUUUUUUUUUUUUUUUUUUUUUUUUGACAAAUGUUGGAGGUGAGUGGGAGGUCAGUCAUGUAUAACUUCUAAUAUAACCCUGUCUCUGGUAGUGUUUCUGUCCUUUGGUGAUCAAUACUCUUCAUGUUCUUAUCAAAGGGAACUUUCCAGUAUAUAUCAGAUAUUUUUUAUCUUUUUAGGUCUUAGUUUAUGAUCAUCUUGCAUUUUUGCUCUGUGAGUAUUUUUACGUAGAGCGCUAUGUUUACUGUUACACUAAAGGUAAUCUAUAUAUACCAAGAUUUUUGUAAAUACAGGGAAGGCGUACAUUAUCCUGCAGGUUUUAUACUAAGAACUGAAUGUGCUUUUACUAACUUAGAUGGUUUCUAUGUUUAGAUGAUCCAAAAAGACUAGUUUGGCUAAUUUGAGAUAGCUUUGGUAUCUGCAAACCUUUGUUAUAUGCACUUCUUGUAUUUAUCCGCUCUGUUUUUUAUGCUGUGUAGGAGCUGUGUGUAGACUGACUGGGCUCUGUGCUCCUCCUAUAUGUGUGUUUGUACUGCAGCUGCUGUGUGGAUGAGGGGCAAACCAGCGCAUGCAGAACGUGUUGCAUGAUUCCAGUCACACCCACACCCAUCUGUCCCAGCUCAACUCUCUUCCUGUUUCAGUCAGUGGAUAAAGAUUUAGACCACUGCUGGGCAACUCAGUCUGAAUUAUCUGUAUGACAACAAGGUAAAGAUGGGAAAGUCAAUUUUACCAUGUCUCACUUCAUUUUAUGUAUUCUAGUAAAAAAAAAAAAAAAAAAAAAAACCAAUGUUCCUCAGAAAUGCUGUAUCUGGCUCGGUUUGGGCUGUAGACUUGUGCCAAACCCUCGGUGGAAUACUGUAGUUAUCAAGUGCACCAUUGCUGAAUUUCACCAGUUUCAUCAGUAUGAGCACAUUUUUUGGAGUCAUGUAUUUUGGAGAUUUAUUAGACCGGAUGUUUGAAGUCCCUGUGUGUGGAAGAAACAAAUAAGUAGAUAUUCCAUGAGUUUAUUUCUUCACCUCAAGAAGUAAAUGGAUAGUUGAUGAAACGAGUGGAAACAGAGCCGGUCCUCUCAUGAUGUGAUUCAGAAAGUGUUCAAGCGGUUGUCUUGCAGGGUGCAGGUUAACACAAGUGUCUCACAUUGAGAGUAUUUGGGAAUGUAACGUUCAUGUGUUUGAUUAUGGAUUCUCUGCAUGUGAGGGGUCGUUCCAAUAUACCCCUCAUGCAUAUGAAGUAUACGGACAUGCCACACAGCCAUGUCUUAUUCUUAUCAGGAAUCAUAUAUAUAAUAUAAUUAUUAAAUCAUGGAUUCCAGGACAGUGUUUUAGUUUGAAUGAGUUAAGUCACUCAUCUUUGUUUUUCUUUAGGAAAUCUUGUCCCUCUGUUCUUUGUGAAGGAUAAUGUGUAUAAAUAAAUGUAUGACAAAAGUGA